AUGUCUGGAAAACCAGUUUGCAUUGCUGAUUUUGAAGAUUAUGCUAAAAAAUUUCUCCCCAAAUCAGUGUAUGACUAUUACCGAUCCGGAGCAGAUGACCAGGAAACUCUAGCAGAUAACGUAGCAGCGUUUUCAAGAUGGAAGCUGUACCCUCGGGUGCUCAGGGACGUGUCGGUGAUGGACCUGUCAUCCUCAGUGCUGGGGCAGAGAGUCAGCAUGCCAGUCUGUGUGGGAGCGACGGCCAUGCAGCGCAUGGCUCACGCGGACGGGGAGACGGCCACGGCGAGAG